UUAUUUUCAAUUUGCAGUUGGUCAUUGAAAUCUGAAAGGAAUGCAUCAUGUCAGGCAAACAAGAGGAAGAUAUUGCCAAAAAACUUCAUACAUGGUCUGUUCAAGAGAUGUUAUUCAGUCCCCAAGGAGUCCAUGCCAACACCCCCAUUCCUACAGUGGAAAACUUCAAAGAGAUAUGUAAAGGACCGCAAAAAGACAUCUGGAAGUUUAUUAUAGAAAAUGUCCACUCUGCACAAACUGUUAGAAAAGUGAAAGGCAAUAUUGCAUUAAAGGGGGCUAAACCAAAACAAUACAGAGUCAAGUACAAGUCAGAGGAAAAACUGGAUGAGCCAAGACAAAGUCUUCUAGACAGAAGAGUUCAACUUACAGGGGAGAUCACUGCAGCACUGAAAGACAUUUCUCACCUGGAGAAUGACCUCUGUAGAAUGGAGCAUGAAAUUCUGGACACCGAUAAGGAUUGCCAAAUGAAAACAGACUGGAUUUCAAACACUAGGAGGAAGUGUGCUCUACUGAAGACAUACUCCUGCCAGUGUGAUAGGAUGGCAAGGGAAUUUGAAGAAUACACAAAUCAAAUGACAAAAAAGAUGAACACUAUUACUAAAAGAGCCAAGAAAACCACAGAAAAUGAGGAAUACUACUCCCGUAAGAAGAGCUCUACAGAUGAGGAUCAGAGUGGGGUAUCCUCAGGUUUGGAAAGUAAAUGUAGCAGAGAUGUAAGAAAGACAUGUGAAUAUGUUGGGAAAUUCCUUCUUGGUGCUUUGCAAGGAGAAUUUGGAACAGAUAAAAAUGUUUUUCAUCAGAAGAAGCAAUUACUGUGGAAAUACAUGGAGGAAACAUUUUCUGACCACUCUGUGCAGCAGAUUUAUAAUGCCUUGGUUACCAAUACCCAGAAUGCAGCAUUCAACAUGAGAGACCAGGCUUCAAAAGUAGACAUUAGAAAAGAUGCUGAAAAACUAAGAUUUAAGUAUGAAAAUUCUGGGGAGUUGACAGACCUUUCUAAAUCCCCCUCAUUGCUACAAAGUGUUCAUCAGCUGCUGGAGGAAAACCGAAUGUCUCAAGUUAAAAGAUUCAUAGAAACAGAAAAAUAUUUAAAUAGUGCAUGGAGAAAUAAUCACCAGCUAGAGGAAAUGAACACAAAAAUAGACAGCCAUCUCAAGAAAAUGUUCCGAAAUUCACGAGAUCUUAAUCUUGCAAGAAGUCUGGUAGAUUUAGAGGUGGAUCUAGCUGCAAACAGAGCGAAACUUCAAUGUUUAUCACAAGAGGCAACUCUUUUACGUGAAAAUAUUGCAGAUGCAUUGCGGGAAAAGGAAAUUUUGUUUGUGAAAUAUCACAAAAUACAAGAUUUUAAAGAAAUAGCGAACAAGAAGCAAGAAUUGAUCCAAGUCAUUGUUAGACAAAACAUGCAUGCAAAAUCUCGCCUAGAAUCUCAAAGAGAAGAGAUACUGAAGUACAUAGAAAAGUCAUCAGAAAGUCACCAUAUGGAGACAAAGCUUCUAAGAGAUGAUCUUCAUGGAUUUGUCAACAAAGAGGUGGAAACGUUUGCUACCCUGGACAUUCCUCAGCUGCUGUUCUGUGAUUCUUCAGACAGGGCAUUAAAAAUAGCAGUCAGUGAUAUGUCUAUAUACCAGACCAGUCCACUAACAGCCAGGGAAUCUAUUCAUCACAUUCUCCAGCAUCUGGGAUUUAGGCCUUAUCAGGCCCCUGAACUGUUGAUAUUGAGGUGCAUUGAACUUAAAAGAAAGAUUAAUCAACUAGAACUGCAGUCCUCACCACUGAAUGUGAAAGGACAGGAUGGAGACAAAGUAAAGCAGAUAGCAGAACUGUGUGAGAGAGUGAAGGAACAGGACAAAGCAUUGCUGGAGAGGAGUCUUCCCAUACUGCAACAGAGGCUUCACAGGACGGGGGCAGCCCUAACAGACUGUAACUCAGUGUCAGAAAGACUGCAAGAAUGGUGGGAACAGCCAGCUCAAUACACAGUGCCUUGGGUAAAGGUGGACCAGAAUACACUCCAACAGUGGCAAAAUAGGUGGACUGUUCUCUCUACCAAGUACAGACAACUGCUGCUGCAAAAAGCUUAAUCAGCUGUGAAUUAUCUGCAAUAGAACUUCCAGAUUUCUCGUUGGUGACUAACUUUUGAAUGCUAGACAUCUCUUCAUACAGGAAAAGUUUUCAUGUCAUUUGUUGCUUUUCAGAAAAUAAAGAAACAAAAACUGA